AUGUCAUCUUCCUCCGAUGCACCCGAGAAGGCCCCCGAUGACUCGUCGAAAUUAAAAACGUUCCUGUCGAUCCUGCGAAAGUUCAUCGGUGUGACUGACAUCGCAUCUGUUCGCUUCUCGUUGCCAGCUCAUCUGUUGGAGCCGACCCCGAAUCUAGAAUACUGGAACUACCUAGAUAGACCGGAGGUCUUUGCAAGCAUCGGCAAGUCUGACGAGCCAUUGGGACGGAUGCUGGAAGUGUUGAGGUUCUGGUUUACCAAGGACCUGAAAUACAUCAAGGGCAAACCGUGCAAGCCUUACAACUCUACGCUUGGUGAGUUUUUCAGGUGUAACUGGGAGGUCGAGGACACCGCUCCUCAAGUUUCGAUUUCCGGUACCGCCACCGGUAACCGGGUAUCUGAUGUCCGUGAUUCCAACGGUGAAACGGUCAAGGUAUGCUACCUGACCGAGCAAACGUCUCACCACCCACCAGUGUCUGCAUUCUAUAUAGAGUGUCCGGAUCGAGGAGUCUCGGCUCGAGGGUUCGAUCAAAUCAGUGCCAAAUUCACAGGCACAAGCGUCCGCGUCUCACCAGGUCAACACAAUCUAGGAAUAUUUGUCAACAUUGAAAAGAGGGACAAUGAAGAAUAUCAGUUGACUCAUCCGGAUGCUUAUCUCGGUGGUCUUUUGAGGGGCGCCCUUUCCAUCACAGUGUCGGACGCGUGCUACAUAACAUGUUCCAAAACGCGCACCAAAGCUAUUCUGCAAUAUUUGGAGGAGGGCUGGAUCGGCAGGGCUCAAAACAAAGUGGAAGGAGUGAUCUUCCGAUAUAACCCAGACAAAGAUACAAUAAACAAAGUCAAAGAUGUACCCGAGGGCGAUGUUCUGGCUCGGAUCAGCGGGUCAUGGCAUGGCAAAAUCCAUUACACGUUAGCCGGUACAAACGAGCCUCGCCUCUUGAUUGAUAUCACACCUCUUUAUCCCGUUGCCAAAAGUUUGCCUCCGGAGGAAGACCAACUUACAAAUGAGUCGCGCAAAUUUUGGUCAGAUGUUACUGCGGCGAUAUUGGACAAGCGAUACAGCCAGGCCACAAAGUUAAAGCAGGAUAUAGAGGAGCGACAACGGCAAAAGGCCGCCGAGCGACAGCAGAAGAAUGAGCAGUGGCAACCGCGCUUCUUCACAGGCUCAGUCACGCCUCUAGGGAAGCCGGAGCUGACUGAAGAAGGCCAGAAAGUUCUUAAAGGACUUCGUGUUGGCGAUUACAUGUUGGAUGAAAGCAAAGUUCAAGGCGCCUAA